CAAAACCGUACUAACCCCUGCCCCUUUCACACACACACGAUCAAGUCAAAAUCAUUCACAACAACAACAACACCACCAACAACAACAACAAGCACGCUACGUGUCGCCAGUAUGCUGCAAUCUGACGUGAUCUUGCUGCCCUCUCCAGGCGCCGACGCUCCUGCGGUCAUCGUGCCGCCCACCGAGGGAGCGGCCGGCGAUGGCCUGCAGAUAUCUUACCAAAGUCUUGGGGAUCUCGUCAUCCGCGCGCAAGAGUCACUUGCACAGCUGGGCGUUGCGGCCGGGGCCCGCGUGGCCGUUGCGCUUCCCAACGGCGUCGACUUCGUCGUCUUGUUUCUGGCUCUCAUCCGCCAGCGAGCCGUCGUCUCGCCGCUUAAUCCAGAUGCCAAGUUCAACGAGCAGGCAGAGAUGCUUGAACGCAUCCAGCCAUCCUGGACCAUCAUCUCGCAGAAUGCCGUGCAGAGCCCCGUCGUCGAGGCGUCCACGGCCCAGCACAUCGCCGUGGCCGAGUUCGUCUGGGGAGAGGCCGGCCAGCAAUUGCUCCUGCGGCGCAUCACGCAGCUGAAUGCCCUCCCCUCGUCGCCGGCAGCCCUCGUCGCUCCCCACGAGGUCUGUCCAAACGACCUUGUGCUCCUCCAUUACACCAGUGGCACCACCGGGCUGCCCAAAGCCGUCGGCCUGACUCAUGCAACGAUCCUCGCUUCGGUGCGCAUUCUGAUCAAGGCACACGAUUUACGUCCGACAGAUCGCACUGUCAUCGUCGCGCCAUUCUUCCAUGUCGGGGGUACGUGUUCUUCGCUGCUCUGCACCCUCGCCUCUGGUGGCUGCAUCAUCCUCCCUCGCUCAUUGUCUGGCAAGUUUUGGCACCACUUCAGCGAGUUUGGCGCAACCUGGUACCACGCCGUGCCCACUAUGCACCGGUUGCUGCUCUCCUUCCCGCGUCCGGACAAGGCAGUUCCUAUCCGAUUUGUGAGGUCCGGUGGCAGCGGCAUCUCCGGAAGUCUGAUUGCCCAGCUGGAGCGAGACCUAUGCUGUCCGGUUCUGGAGGGAUAUGGCAUGACGGAAACCGUCCAAGCGGUGUUCUGCAACCGGAUUGGCAGCGCACAUCGCCAGGCCGGCCACUAUCCGGUGCCUGAGGAGAUGGAGGUGAAGAUUCGGGUUCCGGAUGGAGAGUCGUUCCAACUCAUUGAUCAGCCGGACCGCACCGGAGAGAUCUGCAUUCGCGGCCCUUGCGUGAUCUCGGGCUACCUUGGUGACCCGGAUGCCAGUCACGAGGCCUUCCAUGAUGGCUACUUCCGUACGGGGGAUCUAGGCACGCUGCACAGGGAUGGCCGGUUGCAAGUCACCGGCCGGAUCAAGGAGAUGAUCAACAAAGGUGGCGAGAAGAUCAGUCCCCUGGAAAUCGAAAAGAUUCUUCUCGCCCAUGAGGCGAUCCAGCAAGUCGCAUGUUUCAAGGUGCCCGACGACGCGUAUGGAGAAGAUAUCGGAGUUGCCGUUAUGCUUAAACCAGAGCAUAAUCUGAAGCCCGUGGAUAUAAAACGUUUUGUCCGGCAAGAAUCGGUCAAUUUCAAGGUUCCAAAGAUAGUUGCUUUUGUUGACUCGAUUCCGACAAACCGAUCUGGCAAGUACAUGCGCUCAUCGCUGGCGGAACAGUUUGGGACGGUGGCCGCACCGAGGACGGCGACAGUUGCCUAGGCACGCAAGGCUUGCUGGGCGGCUCCUCGAAAGAGUGAAGAGGAUGCUGAUUGAGUGGUGAUUGAUUAACAUAAUACGAACUACAUGACAACCUAACAUAAAAGGUCAAACAAAAUAGAUCAAAAUAAAUCUAAUUUGAUUAACCCUCAAGUGUGAAAAUUAUCACAUAUUCGUAAGUAAGUAAGCAGCUAAUAGCAAAC